AUGAAGUUCCUCGCCGUCUCCCUGUCAGCACUGCUGUCGACCCUUGUCUACACAACCUCAGCAGCCGCUGCACCAGCGCCCGCCACCGUCUACUUUUUCUCGCACGGCAGACCCUCCACCGUCAACUGCGCCAGCCAUGGAGAUCUCAACGCUGCCAACGACCUCCCUUCGCUCAACAUCAAGGAGACCCGCGCGACCUUGGCGCAUCUCUUGAACCUGGGCCAGUCCACACGCGGUGACCAGUCCCUUGUCGACAUGCAGGGGCCUAUCCAACAGGUCUUUAAGCAGCCUGGAAUGUCCAGGAAGGAUCUCUUUGCCACGAUCGGAAGCAACUUGAUGAUGGUCAUUGAGGGUGUCAAGAACCCCCAAGAUUUGAUGCCUUCAUACGACGCAUCUUUUACAGUCGAGUCAAGCGAGGAUAUUCAAGACGUCGUGUCAGACCUGGCCGACAGAGUCCCAGCUCAGGAUAGAUACCUCUUCAACACGCAUGAGUCGUCAGUAUCAGGAGAUGCCUUGGUGAACGAGCACAUUGUUGCAGAGCACCACGCCAACGUCGAUAUGUCCGUCUUUGAUCUUUCCAAGAAGGCUGAUGCAUUGUUCUUGGAAGAGUCUGUUUCGUUGGGCAACUACAUCGACACAUACGAGAAGAAGCAUAGCGCUCACGGUCAGGAGUCCGACUUUGUCCGCAUCACACUCAAUGGUCUCUCUGCUCUCGCUGCCGAGCACGGUGUCGACUCUAUCCAGUACAAGACUGGCCAGCAGAUCCUCAAGGAGUUCUUGCAGACUACCUUCAUUCCCGAAUUUGAGCAGAUUCACAAGACCUACACCACAACCAUCUUCUUGGUAGCCCCCAACACCCGUCAAACAAUGGAGAAGCGCGCCGCACCUGCUGAUGUCUUCAAGCGCGGAUUGCCAGCUACAGGACACUGUUUCCCCUCUGAGGCCGAGUGCCAGACCAACACCAACGGAUGCAGCCAGCAGGGAACCUGUGUCUUCAGUGUGGCCGCCAACUGCUACCACUGCAAGUGCGCUAAGACCAACAACACACAGUAUGGAGGCAAGAUCUGUGACAAGGUCGAUAUCUCUGUCCAGUUCCAUCUCUUCUUCUGGCUCGUCUUGGGACUCUUCCUUGCUGUUGCUUUGGCGGUCGGAUUGAUCUUGCAGAUGGGUAAUCAGUCCCAGGGCGGUGUCCCCGUCGGACCCACACGUGCUCAGCUGAAGAGAGAUUAG